UCCUUUCGGCAUGUCAUUCCGUGGUGCUGUUUUCAAUCUGCUAGUCCUGUUCUAAACUAGGAAGAUGGACAGCAAAAAAAAAUGUGUGGAGACAUGAUCUUCGGAAUUAUUCUUCCGUGGUACAUCGUGAUGGUUUCGGCAUGGACGGCAUACUACACUACACUACUGGGAUCCUUGGCUCUGUUGCUUCAAUUCUUGUGGCCUGGGCACUGUGUAUUCAUUCACUCAGGACAGGAGUCCGGACAACAAAUUUCACAGCGAAAAGAUCAUCCGACAAAUUGUACCCAUCUCGUUGUCCCCACGGUCGUCAGCGUCAUUGCCGAGGAAGCGCUUCGGUUUCUCCUCCCAGAAAACAGAAAUGUCCUCGUUGGGCCUAUGGCACAAAGACGACGACGCGACGAAGGCGGCCAAGAACAUGGACGCUGCUGGAGGAGGAGAGGCCAGGGCCGGAGGAGGGCACGCCAAGACGAUGCUACGGCUGGGGGCCCUCUUCGGUCUCUGGCACCUCUUCACCGUCGUCUACAGCAAGCAGGUUCUCAAGGUUUUCCCGUACCCGAUAAACGUCACGGCGGUGCAGUUCGCCGUUGGAACUCUAGUCGCUUUGCUCAUGUGGAACACCGGUAUCCUUAAAAGACCAAUGGUGUCCGGUGCACAGCUUUCUGCUAUCCUCCCUCUAGCUAUUGUCCAUACCAUGGCCAAUGUUUUCACAAACAUGAGCCCCGGGAAGGUUGCGGUGUCAUUUACACAUGUCGACAAGGCUCACAGGGAGCUGAAGCCUGCUACCUAUCCGGUUCUCGUUCCAAUCUUCCUCGGUCAGUUACUUAUUCCGUUGGUUGUAUUGUGUCUCGUUUCAAUUGCGGUCUUCCAGUCAAGGAAUGUGAUGAGGGGAUCUCUGGGCGCCAUUAAUUUUUUCUCAGUAGUCACAGUCAUGUCAUUCUUCCUCUUGACACCGGUAACCUUUCUAACAGAAGGUGUUCAAGUCACACCUGCACUCCUGCAGUCCCUGCUGAGGACCAUAUAGGGUGUUUAUUUAGCCAUUGUGCCUUUCUUUUUUUUUUCUUUUUUUUUGGGAACAGCCAUUGUGCCUUUCAGGCUGGCAUGGUUAGUGGUGACACUUUGGAGUUUUUGACACUACUAUUCUCUGUUAUAUAUAGUCUUAUGUGUGUAUGGUUCGAACUUAAAACAGACAUGCACAGGAACGAUAUUUUCUGCUUGAUGCAUUCUGCUUUCAUGGGCACCAACAGGUUAGGCAUCUCUUCGAUUUGUUACAUGAUAUGUUUGAGUUAUUGUAAUCGUUUUUUAGGAAAGUGUUAUUGCAAUCACAAAUCGGAUAUGUGUGUCAUGACUUGAAAUCGGCUUUGUGAUCGUACAUUUGUUUGGUUGAAGGUACGAUACAUGAUCCUAGAUCACAAUUGAAGAGAAUUUUUCACAAGGCUCAAGGCUAAGGCUGCUAGAUCACAUUUUCAGGAGAACUAGCACCCUGUAUUAAUUAGAACAAUAUUUUCUGGAGAAUUCAUUCAUUAGCCCAUUUAUGAUAUAUAUAGUUGCUAGCAUAUUUGCGAAUUUGUUUAGUAGCUAUAUUAAUAAAUCUACUCCCCCUUUGGACAAA